GAGUGUUAAAUUAAAGUGGUGCAUUAAUUAAAAAGAAAAAUUACUGUUUGAAGGAAGAUGGUUGAAGAUGAGGUGAGUAAGAAGAAGGUAGGGUAUGAUUCAGAUUGCAGAGGAUAGGGAAUUACAAGAAUCGGAGUCUGUUUCGUCCUUCUGAACUCUAAUGGAGGCACUAUCCCUUCUUCCCAUAAACACUCUCUCAAUUAACCACAUUUCUCUCACUGCUUCUUCUAAUUAUGUUUCGCUCUAUUCUUCCUUACAACUCAAUCCUUCUCUCACUGCUAGAACCCUCACUUUGAGAAAAAGCGUCGUUCGUGUACAAGCCGAGAGUGAAGAUUAUGAAUUGAAGCAAAUGAGGGAUAUGGCUGCUGCCAGAAAGAGAUGGGAGGCUCUGGUCAGAGAUGGAAAAGUUAAAGUUCUUAUCCCAAGGGAAGCUGGGUACGCAGUUCAGCUUUCAGGCAAGCCCCUUCUUGAUGUCCGUCCCUCCAAUGAGCGCAACAAGGCAUGGGUGAGAGCUUCAACCUGGAUUCCAAUAUUUGAUGUUGAUAAUAAGCUAGAUUUUGGAACCGUUCCCAGAAAAGUCACAAAUUUUGUUAUGGGAGGUUGGUGGAGUGGCAUGCCUACUCUAUCUUAUGACAGCCAGUUCUUAACCAAAGUUGCGGAAAAGUUCCCCAAAGAUUCUGAAUUAAUUGUUGCAUGCCAGAAGGGAUUGAGAUCACUUGCUGCUUGUGAACUACUGUAUAAUGCUGGCUACAAAAAUCUGUUUUGGGUUCAAGGAGGAUUUGAAGCUGCUGAAGAAGAGGAUCUCAUUGUAGAGGGCCCAUCACCUCUCAAAUUUGCUGGAAUUGGUGGAGUGUCAGAAUUUCUUGGGUAAUUGUUUAAUCUCUCUCCUUUUUCUGGCUUAAUGCAUGUUAUAAUAUUGUUGAUGAAAUCUAUUUGGUCUUGUCAAUUUGAAGUUAUCUCUAUUGGAUAACAAAAGUUAGUUUAUUUUCUACACUGUUAACAAUGUUUUUACAAUGAAUUCUUGCCACAUUAGAAUGUUAUAUAUACUUUGAUGGGCUUCAACGGCAUAGACCUUUGAAAUAAUGGAUAACAAGAACAAGUCUGAGUGGUGAUAACUGUUGACAUGGUAGUCAAAGUUGAGAUCUUACUCAAGAUCAGAAAGGGAAAUAUGGAUUGUUAAUCAGAAGAUCGAAAUAUGAAUUCUACAAAUUUUAUGAAAAUUGUAUAUUCACACACAAAAUCUUUGUCUCACUCAAAAUUCAUAGUUGAACUUCAUAUUAUACAAAGCAACUCCAUCUAAACCAAAUAAUUUUGUAAGCAUAAUUCAUAAUCUGCACAGAGACCUUCAACUCCACCAUUUCGAUCUCCUUCACCAUUCAAAUCAGCCACAUGUAAAUCAUGAUGAUGUUAAGUUUCUUCCUCCUCAACUUAGACUAGAACCAAGUUUUCAUCCUAAUCCAAUGCUUCAUUCUGCUCAUACUCAUCUUCCAUAAUCCACUCCACAUUGGAUGAAUAAUCAUCAAUAUUAAUUUGGUCUGGUUUUCUUGUUUGCUUCUUAUUAGCUCAUUUUGAAUUAGCCAUAACAAAACAACUUCAUUCAUAGUGCAGGGUGGAUGUAAUUCAGGGAUAUGAAUUGCUGAAAAGUUUAAGCAAGUUUUCGGCGUAUUUGUAGCAACACUUAAUAGAGGUACAAACAAAAGGAUGGUCAAGUCUUUGAAAUUAAGUGUAAUACAACUUUAUCCAAAACUAAGGCAUCCUUAAAAGCUUUGAGAAAGGAGUUAAAAAAUGAGGUAGAAGCAUUUUAUGUUCAGUUGGAAAAAAUUGGCAAAGUGGCAUACAAAUUACAACUUCCGAACAACUCAAGAUUACACUUGGUGUUCCAUGUUUCAUAGUUAAAGAAGGCUUUAACCUCCUAUCAACUGAAUCAAGAACU